AUGAACCCGAUGAAUGUUGGAAUGAACCCCGGGGUUGGAGGCCCUGUGGGUGGUAUCCCUAUGAUGAACAACGGCUCUACAGCUCCUCGUAACGACGGCGGCAUGAACAUGAAUAACCCCGAGAUCAUGAUCAACAACCUCAACACCUAUAUCUACGACUACUUUUUGAAACGUGGCUACCACGACUGCGCGCGUGCACUCGUGCAAGACGAAUCCAUUAAGAUCAACACCGACAAUGGCACGAAGACUAGCCCGGGUAGCCGGCCUGGUGGCGACGUGAACGGUGUCGAUGGUGAUCCCAUGAUGACUGAUGGAAAGGAUGGCGAGAAAAUUAAGAUCCCCGACGAUCUUCCUCGACCCAGCCUCCCCAAUGAAAGUCUUCAAUCCUCGUUCCUGCUGGACUGGUUUAGUCUCUUCUGGGACUUCUUCUGGGCUCAGCGGAAACGGGGUAACAGCAACGAUGUGAGGCAAUAUCUUCAGCACACUCAGAAUCUGAUGCGUAUUCGAGAGCAGCAGCACAAUCAGCUCAUGCGGCAACAACAGCCGAUGAUGGCCGGCCAAGUGCCACUUGGCGUACGCCGUGGCGGCAAUGGCAUGGUUCCUCCUAACUUGCAGAAGGCAGCUCUGAACAACGGCCUAUCUCAACAGCAAUUGGCUGCUCAGUUCCAGAAGAAUCAGCAGAUGCAGAUGAUGCAGCAGAUGCAACGGGAACAGUCUGAAAUGGACAUGAACGGGAAUCGGCCACAGUCACCUGCAUCUGCUGACAACGCCCCCUCGCCGUCGAAACGCCCUCGCCUCGAAGGUGGUGCCGUGAAUGGUCAGCAAUUAGCUCCCAAUGGACGUGGACAGGGACAGAUGCAAGGCCAGCAAAACCCCCAGCAGCUGAUGAUGCCGAACGGAAUGCAAAGGCCUAUGAACCCGGCGCAGUUCCAGCAGUUCCAGCAGGGGCAAGCUGCGCAACAGAAAUCCAUGCAGGUAUAUGCUCAAAACUUGGCCCUUCAUCACUCUCGCUCAGCAUUGAAUUCCCAGGGUCUUCCGAAUGGUGGUAUGAUGAAUCCCGGUGUUAUGCCGAAUCAGGCGGACCUGGUGCCGAUGCCGGAUGGGCAAGGAGGCAUGUACCCCAUGGGUCCAGAGUACUACAGCUCAAACGGUCAGCUCCAACAGGUUCGUCCUGGCAUGCAAACACCUGGCGGUCAACAUGGCAACCAUGCUCUCCAGGACUAUCAGAUGCAACUUAUGCUGCUUGAACAGCAGAAUAAGCGUCGCCUGAUGAUGGCUCGUCAAGAGCAGGAUAGCAUGUCCCGUGCUGACGGCCAGCCCCCGAUGCCCGGUCAGGGAUUGCCACCAGGCACCUCUCCCCAGGGUAGUAGGGCGGGUGCGUCUCCAAACCCCAGCGAUCAAAUGAAACGAGGCACGCCCAAGAUGCCUCAGACCGGUCUCCCGGGAUCUCCCAGCGCCGGUGACAUGGGCCAAAACCGUGGAUCUCCAGGAUCGAUGAACCUGAACGGCGCACAGAUCCCUCCCGACAUGGCUGCUGGUUUCUUCCCCGGUCCUGGUGGGCCCAUGCGCCCCCCAAGCUCCAACCCAGCCUUUACCGGAGCUCAAAUGGGCCAACCCAUCCCCGCCAACGCCAACCGUAUGCCCAGUGGACAAUGGCAACCUGGACAGCCUAUGCCUCAGCAUUCGCCGGCCACUCAGCCCCAGGCAGGUACCCCGCAGGAUCGCAGCACCAUGCCUCCACCUCAGGCGCCACCGGCUGGCGCCAAUGCGGGCCGUCCCCAGCCGCCAUCUCCCCAAACCACUGGCAAUGCGCCACCAACGCCUCAGCAGUCUACUAAGGCCGCACCCAAGGGCAAGAAGGAAGGUGCAAAGGAGAACACUCGCAAGCGUCCCAACAAGAAGAACGCUGCUGCUGCGGCUGCCGCCGCUACUCCCUCUACUGAGGCUAAUGAACCUACUCCGACUCCGUCUACUCCCGUCACACCCCAUGCUCCUCCCAACGCUUUCACCAAGGGUGUACCUAAUGCUACUGCGAGCGCACCUCCCCAGCAGACCUCGGCCCCUGCACCUCCUCCCAUGGUUCAACCCACUCCGGAUCCGAACCAGCAAACAUUCAAUGAUCUCUCCAUCCCUGAUGCCUCUGCUUUCAGCUUGGACUUCAGCACUUUGGAUAACCCUGAUAUCCUGGAGAGCUUCGACUUUGACACGUUCCUCAACACUGAUGGAGAUGGCACCGGCUUCGGCUUCGACCCGAACAUGGGCUACUCCGCUGACGGUGUUGAGACCGGGGCUGGUGACGGCCUGUGA